AUGACGAUAUCGUCCGGCAUGCCCGACAAUUGGCCAAAGCACAAACGUGCUAAGCACCCAGACAGAUCACCUGCCGGUCAAGCUGGAAACGUUCCCCUCCCUGGGGUCACUUACCUAUCAGACCUGCUCAAAGUCAUAGAUGGUAGGAGGCAAACCGGGCAUACAGAUGAGGAUCUUCCGCCUCCAUUCACAGUUCCGAAGUCCUACUCACACGUACCACAUGAAUACCUUGCGCCAGAUGGGUUCCCUCGUCCUAAGUUUUGGCUCCAUUCGGCCUGUGAGCACGCAAUACUUGGAGUGGGUAACAUUUCCGGAAAGGGGGGUGUCAAGCAGCAAGCAAUGGAUUUUUAUCGUGAACAAGGAGUAGAAGGUGUGCCUGCUGCUAAACCCAUAGUUCGGAAGGCAAGUGGUAAGGAAACCACCACAUACGAUAAGCAAGUCACCCGUUAUGACGACCCAAUUCUACCGUUCGAAAACCAUCAACGAACUAUGGAUAUAAUCUUUAAUACAUACACGAUCAUUACUCAUGGGCGGGGUCAAUAUGUUGAUCGGCAUUCCAAUAAGCUCGUGUUUACCUUCGCCUUCGAGGACCUAGAAGCUAUGGACCCUAGAGCCCGUCAGGAUCAUCAAAAUGACGUAGAUACAAUAAUGAUGUCGAUGAAACUUUUCAAACGCUUGCCUACCCCGAAUGCACAGUUUUCGCUUGAGCGCAUUCGAGCGCUGUCUACAUUAUACCAGCCUUCCGACUUUUUGACCAAGUGUGGCAAUCCGAUUGCGCCGCUCAGCCCUUACCAAUCAAGGGAGUCAUCACCAUUAACUCCACUUCCAGCUUCUUCUCCCGAAUCUUCACCCCUAACUUCGCUUCCACCUUCGGAUGCUGAAGAUGAUGGAAUGGUGUCUACUGUGGAAGUUAAGAGUGGUGUCACUACGAAUGGAGCUUUAAUUCAUGGACGUAUGCACUGCUUCGGUCAGACGUUUCUCGACAGACUGCCUGGUUUUGGUGCGCGAAUUGGCUCUCGCUUCUCUGACUUCUGCGAUGUUGGAUUCCUGAUCGCGCGGCAGCAGCUAAAUGACCUUAGAGCGCCCUCUAUGACUUCAAUUUCGAAAUUUCAGCCAUUGGGACCUCACGACUUUGCUGCGAACUUUGCUUUCACCUUGGGAAAUUUUUAUAAUAAACCACACACGGAUAACGAUAAAGGAAAAGUAUAUUGUUUGUGGUAUCCGUUGGAUAGUAUUAGCGGUAAGAUAAUUACUGAGAGUGAAGGUUUUGUUAUUAUUGGUGGUUGGUUUAUUUUUCCAGAAUACCGAGUUGCAAUUAAUUUUGGAGGCAAAUCGGCGGUCCAGAUUGCUUGGAGCGUGGAAAAGGACCGUGCGGUCAGGAUGUCUGGUACACUCGCCUGGGCUGCUCCUCUCAGAUUACUCACUCAAUGGCGCGCGCGGCGGUAA